CCUCGGGUCUGCAAUGGCGCGUGCAAAAGGAGGAGGUGAUGCGGCCGUCUUGCCGCUGAUAAACUGCUCCUCUGGCGCCCACUCUCCUCUCGCUGCUGGGAUGCUGACCAGGUUGCUGGCAAGAGAAGACCCGCUGCCCCAUGCCUUCACAGGAGUCUGUGUCAGACUCUGUGGACAUCCAAAUGUGUUCAGUUCCUCGUUCUCCAGCCAAACCUCCCUCCUCCUCUUCCUUCAGUCACUCAACUCUUUAGAGGACCUCGCGACCUCCGAGAGAGAGAGGGAGGAGGUUGAGAGAUGUGUGGAGUGGCUCCACUGUCUUGAGGUCUACUGCCACAGGUGAUGAACCUCAUCUCCACUACCAUUAUUUGCAAACCUGUUUACACAAAACCCCUCCCUCCAAAACACUUAUAUGUCGUCCUCCGAUCAGAGCUGGAGAGAGAGGCAGCCAUUGCUGAGGCAGAGAGACUACUGACUUGGUGCAGACUCCUUGUCACUCAUCUCCAGCCACUACCACAGCUGCUUCUCUCCUCUGGUCACCUGAGGUCAUGUGACAGUCACAUGACUAGACUCUCACUCCACGUUCACUGGACAUCAAUUGCCGUAACCUACAGACUAGCUCCACUUGUUGGCUGGAGGUGGUUUUUGGAGCAGUGUUCCCUCACUCUUUCCUGCCUUCUCUCCCACGCUGCCUCCAUCCCUCUCUCUUCCUCCUCACCCUGUCCCUCCUCUCUCCCUGGCUGUGUCUGUCUCAGAGGUCUCUGGAUCCUGAUCAGACAUUCCCUGGACAACUCUCCUGUCACUUCAUUCUGGACUGUGUUGAGCUCUCUUGUUUGCCAGACUAUCACUCCCACCCAGCCACACCCAUCUGACGAGCCUGUGUUAAUAUGCCCCAGUGACCCGGUGUUGUUUGGCUGGUGGUGUGUGGAGCAAGUGUCUCAACUGUAUGUCUGGACGGAAGAUGGGAGGGAGAAGGAGGGAGAUGGAGGGUUUGUACCGCACUGGGACCUCGUCCACCAUCUACUGCCGCUUACCUUCAAACAAGUCAGUCCCAAUACCUCAGUAAACACCCUCUGAACAAAGGACACUUUCGGUACCCAAGUGUCCCAUAUUGAGAGAUUUCCCUGUUGCAGGGAGUGAGAGAGGCCCAGCUGAGGAUGGCUCUGAAGGGGUGUGUGUCUCUGGCCCACGUCUGGCCCCCCGCCUCCUCCCUCCCCUGCCUCUCCGCAUGGGAAUUCUUCCACAGACACAUUGAUGACCAGUUUGUAACUGGGACAGCUGCUAUAAGUGAAUGGGCCAGUCCUGAAGGGUCUUUGCCAAGUCGCUGGUUCAGACACCUGGUGUCUAUAUUCCGUUCCACUAACACGCAGUCCCAUUCCCAUACCGACCUUAACAGCUUCCAGCUUUUUCUCCAGCUAAUAUGUGUUACCAUGGAGACCAGUGACGACGAGGGGAGAACCUGGCGAUCACUAAAGGGAAGGUUCUACUCCAAGAUACAUCGUCGAUGGCUGGGUGAGAGGAAAGGGGCGGGGCUGCAGAGAGUUCUGUCUCUCCUACUGAGCCUGGCGUGGGCUGGGGACUCCAGGGAGGUGGCACUGAAGACAGUGGCUCUGUUGACCCAUUCUGGACUGGCUGAGGCUGUGGAAUCAUCGGUUCUCUUCUGGAGAGCUAUGUUUGCUAUGAUGCUUGUUUUGCUGGAGAAGAAAGAAAGAUUGGAUGAUGUCAUCGCAAAACUGCAGCCAGCUCUCUCCUCGUUAGUCAAACCACACCCACCAGAGUCACGUGACCACCAGUGGAAGGCAGUGGGUGUGGUCUUGGAUGGAACGGUAGAGGUGAUUGAAUCUGGUCUGGAGCUUCGGGGCCGGGAAUCUGAUUGCACUCUCACAGGCACCCACUUCUCUGACCUUCUGACCUCUUGUGAGGGAGCCCAUCUCACCCGAGUGUUGGGUGUAGUUGAGUCGAUGUGCACCCUCCUCUCCUCCUCCUCUUCGCCUGCCGUCAAUCAGCUCUGGGUCACCUGCAGCCAGCCUCUCAUGUCCCUCUCUCGUCUCCCCCUCCCUCCCUCCUCCCUCUCCUCCACCCUCGCAGCCCUCACCGCACUCACCUCUCACAGAAGCCACACCCACAAUUUCAGCAACACUCUCUACCAAGAGAUAACUAGAGACAAUGUCUCUCCGCUGCUGGCCGCUGCCUAUCUGGGUCAUGUGAUCGAGAAUGAUGUCAUACGACAUCACAUCCUGUCAACUGACAAGGCUCAACUUCAGGCUCUGCACAUCUGGUUUCGCUGCCUGGCAGAGCUAGACCACACCCCUUCGGCCACACCCACUGGACGAUCUUCACUCUUUCUCCUCACACAACAGCUGCCGAAACUACCAAUGGUUUCUUCAUUGCUAGGCAACAAAGCCACACCCUCCGACCCAAUAAUCAUGCUGAAACUCCUCCUAGAAGCCAUGGAAACAUUGUACAGCAUUCCAGGGUUGGAGGGAGAGUGGAGAGAGAGACUGAGGAUAGUUCUGGGAGACGUGACCCACUACCUGGAGCCCAGUGUGAGCGGAGCCAGGGGUCCUUCUGCCAUCAGACAUGCCUACUUCACUGCUGGAUUGGUGGUUUCCAUGGCACCCAGACUGACGUACAGUCGAACAGACAGCCGCUGUCUUUUACCUCGUCUGUUGGACUGGCUGAUCCUCCCUCUCUCCUCCUCCUCCUCUCACUCUCACACCAGACCCCAGCCUCAGGGAGCUGCCUCUGCCGCCAGAGCUAAUCUGCACCUGUUCCUGACGGGUCUCCUGAAGCUGGGACCAGUCAGAGACGACUUUGUCAAGAGGAAAGUGAAGCAGCUGUUCUCGAGAUACUUCCACGACUGCUGCCAGCCGCGCAGUCCUCUCCUUCCUCCCUCUCAGAACCCCUUCCUGCUGGCUCUCAGACCGUGGUUUGGUACCAGUUACCAAGGAGACGGGGAGGAGGAGCUGGGACUAAUUAUGGAAGUGGUGGCCUCACAAGCUCUGUCUCUGCCUCAGCCAACCUCCUCCCUCUCCCCGACACUGAAGUUCAUCAAGAAUGUAGUGGAACGAGUUCAACGACCAUCACUACUUGUUACUAUGGCAAUACCUCUAAUUGGUCACAUGACUUCCUGUCUGUUGUCAUGUGAUGUGUGUACCGGUGCCCCUGAGCCUCCGGGGAUCAGGAGACUGGUGAUGGACAUCUUAACACCGCUGCUCACUGCCUGCAGAGAUCACCAGGAUCAUCUGUUGCCAUGUUCAUCUCUGCUGCCUCCACUAACAAACUAUCUCUCCUGUAAUUAUUGGACCAUAGACCACACCCACCUGACCACACCUCUCAAGGUCAUAAAAGACUUGUACCCUGACCUCUGGCAGCUGCUCGUUUCACACCUCACGCAGCACCACCACCUGAACUCUCUCAUUACCCUUCUUCUCUCAUCAUAAAAUCUUUAUUACGUACAAGUCAGAAUUAUUGUUCGGUGGAUGAUAAUAAAGGAC